AUGCCAUGCUUAACAGAACAGUGGGGAGAUUUGCCAUUCAAAGUUGAUGACUCGGAGGACAUGAUUGUCUAUAACUCCCUCAACGAUGCUCUUAGCUUUGGCUGGUUUCCCGAUCACAGCUUGUACGAAUAUGUCAAGCCCGAGCCCCUCCUCUAUGAUCCCUUUGAUCACCAUCAUGCCCUCCCAAACUUGUUCACCCAAUUCCAACAAUACCAUGAUGUCAAUAAUGCUCCAAUCAUCUUGCCCUUUGAACAUCAUCAUCAUCAUCAUCAUGAUCAGAAGCAAGUGCAACUAGUUGAUGCAGCUGAUCAGAAUAAGGCCCCAAAGUCCGGGGUGGCCAGAGGGAGGCAUUAUAGAGGGGUAAGGCAGAGGCCGUGGGGGAAGUUCGCGGCUGAGAUUCGGGACCCGGCUAAGAAUGGAGCUAGAGUUUGGCUCGGGACCUACGAGACCUCUGAGGAAGCGGCUCUGGCUUAUGACCGAGCCGCAUACCGCAUGCGUGGCUCCAAGGCUUUGCUCAAUUUCCCCCACCGGAUUGGCUUGAAUGAGCCCCCGCCUGUCAGAGUCACCGGCAAGCGCAAAGAGCCCGAGGCAGAGGCCGCCGCCGCUGCGGAUGCUUCAACAACAACGCCGAAAUCCUCUAAGAGGACCAAAGGCUCCUCGGUGGCUGAACAUGAUCAUCAUCAAGCAAAUGUGCUUCGGACAGGGCAGAAGAAUAGUAUGGGUCUGCUGCCACUUGGCGAGCAACUAUUGGUAAGCUAG